UACAAAGUCUGAAGUGAUCAUGUACGCGUCACUCGUUGUGUCGCGUAUCAGUGAGAUAUUUUUCUGCGUAAACACUCUUCAGAAUAAGUUUGUAAAUAUUAAUUAUUGUUAUUCGAACGAAUGCAAAGAAAUAUCUUAUAACUUACCUAAUUUUCUCGCGAGUGUCACGAUGUUGAAAAUUUUAAGAAGAAGAUUUCCCGCAAUAUCAAGACACCAAAUUGCAUUUUAAAAUGCAACAAACUAAAUAUAAUUCUUUCGUCGUAGUUUAAGUACUCAUGACGUGGUUUUAUUUUGGAGCUACAAAGUUCGUUCCAUUGACACUGCACCGGGUAUUCUGGCUUAUAUUUUCGUGGUCUUCCUCAGCCAUUCCCUUUAAAGAGGCUACGUUAUUAUUUGAGAUAAGGCAUGGCUUUAUUUCCUAAUUUGAUAAUUAAUGUAGCCAUUGCAGGUUAUUUUUCUGUCAGAUACUCAAGAUAACAAAUGAAUGUUCUUAUCUGAAGCAGUCAGGAGAUCGUACACAAGAUCAGGGUCAACUUGGCGAAGAAUGCCACGCCGCGUCUGACAAACAAAUGCGUACCUCCUUUUAAAUUAAUACGUCAUUUUUAAUUGCCAGCAUGUUUACACUUCAAUUUCCACGAAGGUAACCCUUUAAAGCCCGAUGGUAACUGCAUGUACCAUCUACUUUAACAAUAAUCAACUCUUAAAAUCUUGUAUUAAUACGUUUCUUAUGAUUCUGUCUGUAAACAGCGAUUAUUUCCUUAAACGGCGUUAACCAUUUGAUCUUUGUAAUGGUGAAGUGUGGUGUUUUCUUCGCGGUACGGACUGGAUUCUUAAAUAUUAUCUAGACGCCUACGCAGUGUAUCUAUGAGUUUCACGUGAUUCUCACUGUAAACAGCGAUUAUUUCCUUAAACGGCGUUAACUAGUUGAUCUUUUCAAUGGUGAAGUCUUGUGUUUUCUUCGCGGUACGGACUGGAUUCUUAAAUGUUAUUUAGACGAAGUUCGUGCUCUCGCUCUAAGACUUCCGUCUUCUGGGUUGUAACACCGUCUGGACUUGCGGAUAGCAGCGUUUCGGAGGAGCAUACCGCCUCGAUUUUCACGGCGUUGCGAACGGGCCACGUGGCACUCAUGAGGGGGAUGAGAAGCGCGUACAUGAUUUUCAUCUUUAAAACCACACGACGUUUCGGAAGUUGGCCUAGUUUUGUCAGGAUCGAUUAGAUUGAAAACAUUAAAUUAAUAAAAUAGGGGCCUUGUCCAAAAAUAUGCCCCAGUGUAAAGAUGACGAAAAGCAGAAGUUGCAAAUAAAAUUCGUGGGCAAUAUAAUUACGCUGCUUAAGUGUGCAGUCUUAGGGCUUAGUAAGUAAGCUUAGCGCAAACAGUGUUAUCUCUGCAUGCUGCGUGGUGGUAGCAGAGUGCCGAUAGUUAGUUACGUCUAAAUAGCGAUGAGGGUGGAAAGUGUAACAGCUCUUGUAAUAUUUUUCAGUAUUUAUUAUUCGUUCUGUGCUCCUGAUAAGAAUUUUGUCCGAAUAGUUGGUGGAAAGCUGGUCAACAUUAGCAAGAUUCCGUAUCAGCUGUCCCUGCAGUUUGAAGGUGAACAUAAAUGCGGGGCUUCCAUUAUCAGCCGGAGAUGGGCGGUAACAGCGGCUCAUUGCGUCGUGAGAGACUGGGACGAGGGAGAAAUCGUGGAAGCUGUGACCUUGAGUCUGAGGGCCGGGUCCAACAGAAAUGACGAAGGUGGCGCAUUGCACGGGGUCGCCCGGGUCAUUCCUCACCAGAUGUACGACCAGGACGUAUACGAUUACGACAUCGCGCUGCUCAAGGUGAAGCCCCCGUUCGUUAUCGGGCCGAAUGUCAGGGCCAUCAGGCUUCCGUCGCGGAACUACCUCGCAGCCACCGGGGCGAAGGCCAAAGUGUCCGGAUGGGGCCACCGCCAGGUGGUGCAGGCGUCUGCGGCCUUCAUGUCGCAGAACAAGGAACUCGCCAGGUCGAAAGCCAGGAAACAGACGGGUAACUUGCUCCGAAGGGCUAAUGUCACCAUCGUCAGUCGCGGUGUAUGCCACGAGGUCUACCCGGAGCUAACAUCGCGCAUGUUGUGUGCAGGGCGAUAUCCGACCGGAGGCACAGACUCCUGCCAAGGUGAUUCCGGUGGACCUCUGGUGAUCCGUGGUGUUCUGACGGGCGUCGUGUCCUGGGGCGUUGGUUGCGGACUUGGGAGGUUCCCCGGUGUAUACACUCGCGUCUCUGUUCUGCGAGACUGGAUCGCGAACACGACGGGACUGCGUUAGCCCCGCCCACAACUAAUUCCUUUAAAUAAAACUAGUCUACAUUAAUGGGGUUUAUGGAACCCAGAACCACGUCGCUCAACAAACAGUCAAAAUAUGUUCUCAUCUGUCUCUGUCCUUGUGUUUUUCGCUGUAUGUGAGAUCAGCGCGUGAGUUCCCGCCGUUCGUAGUCCUAACGGCACAGUCGCCAAAUGUUCUCACUGUACCUAAGGUUCCGUACAGGAAGGAAGAAAAUAUUUUUCGGGUUUUACAAGAAAAUGACAGCGCCAUUAGCAAAUUAGGUUAUUGGAACUCGGCCCCCACCAGAAGGUAAGAGAACGGAAAUUAAAAUUGUAAGAAUUUCAAAAAUUAAACUGGGUUUUGAGAGGAGCGAUUGGAUACACAAUGGGAUACAAAUCCAAAAUAUCCCCGAAACGGCUGUAGUAUUUUAGAACUGUGUUUUAAUAUAAAUUAUUAUUAUUAUUAUUGUUGGAUCUGUAUGAUGUUUGAUACCAUUAAUAUCGUUUCCUCUUAAAUAUUA